AAUGGUGAAAACUGGGGCAGCUUGAUACGCGUCGAGUGUCUGGCAGUCAGAUCCAAGGAAAACCAUCACACUAAACCAGCCAAAAUGCUGGUCUGAACAGCAUAGUCGGCCAUUUAAUCUAACUGGGACGGAUUUACAACUGUGUCUGUUUUGCUGACUACGAGCUAGCGGUGACACCUGACAAUGGCACCCGGAGCUGAUGAUGUCUGGUCAAGGUUACGGCGGGCAGCUGCAGAGGGUGAUGAUGAUGAUGCUGCAGCACCAGCCGAGACGACAGGUGGGGCUGCUGGCGAUGGGGUCACAGAAGGGGUGACAGAUGAACCUAGCAUCCUGGACAAGGCAGGCGCAGAUAUUAUGAAAAAGCUGAACGAUUUACCCAUUCCACUUUGGGCCACCAUCACUAUUGGCAUUGUGGCCCUGUUACUUCUGCUCUGCUGCUGUUUCUGUAUCUGUAAAAGAUGCUGCUGUAAAAAGAGAAAAAAGAAGGAAGGGAAGAAAGGCCUUAAGGGAACAGUUGACUUGAAGAGUGUGGCUAUUCUGGGAAAUGCUUAUAAAGAAAAGGUGCAGCCUGACCUGGAGGAGCUGAAUGUGAACAUGGAGGACAAUGAGGAUGCGGAGAGCACAAAGUCAGAGGUCAAACUGGGCAAACUCCAGUUCUCAUUAGAUUAUGACUUCCAGAAAGGGGAGCUGUCAGUAGGGGUGAUCCAAGCAGCAGACCUACCAGGCAUGGACAUGUCCGGCACCUCGGACCCUUAUGUCAAGGUCUACCUCCUACCAGACAAGAAGAAGAAAUAUGAGACCAAGGUUCACCGCAAGACGCUCAAUCCCGUCUUCAAUGAGACCUUCAUCUUCAAGGUUCCAUAUGCCGAGAUUGGGUCGAAGAUCCUGUGCUUCGCCGUGUACGACUUUGAUCGUUUCUCCAAGCACGAUCAGAUCGGCCAGGUGCAGAUUGCACUGAACUCGGUGGAUCUGGGUCGAGUGGUGGAGGAAUGGAAGGACCUUCAGAGCCCAGACAACGACGCUGAGAAGGAGAAUAAACUUGGAGACAUUUGCUUCUCACUGAGGUAUGUGCCCACGGCUGGUAAACUCACCGUUGUCAUCCUGGAAGCCAAAAACUUGAAGAAGAUGGAUGUGGGAGGCCUGUCAGAUCCUUAUGUUAAGAUUUCUUUGAUGCUAAAUGGCAAGCGAGUUAAGAAGAAGAAGACAACUAUCAAGAAGUGUACUCUGAACCCCUAUUAUAAUGAGUCAUUCACAUUUGAGGUUCCUUUUGAACAAAUCCAGAAAGUGACGCUGGCUAUUACAGUGGUUGACUACGACCGUAUCGGCACCUCAGAGCCGAUUGGUCGCACCAUGCUGGGCUGCAACUCGUCAGGCACAGAACUGCGACAUUGGAGCGACAUGCUUGCCAACCCUCGGCGUCCCAUUGCCCAGUGGCACACGCUUCAGGAAGUCCCAGAGAAGAAUUAAAAUCACAUGCGAAGACGUGUAAGCGCGGGCAGGUGACACCAUAGACAGUUCUAAACUCCACUGCUCAGUGCUAUUUUAAUCAAUGGCAAAAGGUGUUGACAUUGGCUGCGUAUUGCCCCAGAGACAAUGUGUAGACAAAUCUGAUUAAAAUUCCUCACACCAAAUACUAUUUUAUUCCCGUUCAAGGACAGGGUUAUUGUGGGCUUGUUCUACUUGUCGUGUGUGUGCGAGCACGCUUGGGAGAAUGGCCCAAGUAUUCUAUGGGACAUUUAGCCUUUAUAUGCUUAGAGGUCACGACCGCUGACAAGGUGUCAAGGUCAAAGAUGUUUGCUGUUGUUGUGCCAAGAGUGGGAAAUGAGAUGAGGCAUUAAUAUUACUGAAUGAGGUGGAGUGGAAAGCUAGUCGAAUUCCCAUGUCUUCUGUGUACGUGAUUGAAUCAUGAUUUGGCUAACAACAACAACAAUUUAGCGUCACAAUGGAUUAUACAUAUAUAUACUUAUAUAUAUAUCUACAAAUUGUUACAUAUGUUCACCAUUUGGUGUCACAGUACGUAAUAAUCUACAAAUGGUUAUUAAGGUCUGGGAUUAUGUGUCAACAAAUCAACAAAUAUGUAACUUACUGGGAAAACAUUUACUGGAAAAAUCAAGAUUUAACCUUUAGAGUUAUAACCAUCAUUACCAGGCAACAUCUACCAGAAAUGUGGACAGGAGAGAAGUGAGUUUUGAUAAAUGUCCAUUGAUUUACAUCAAUAAGCUCUAACUUGUUUCAGCUUCUUUAUAAGAAUUUUUGUUAAAGCUUUUUAAGGCAAGCUGGGCUUUUACAAGAUUUGACAGAAUUUUUUAAUGCCUCUUUAAAGUUGAAAUAAAACAAGGCAACUUGGAAGGUGUGAAAGAAAGCAUCAAACCUCAAUUUCCAGUCUGGAUGGAAUGUAUGAGCUGGAAACAUUCACAAGCUUAAUGUUAAGGUGCCUGAGUCUUACACUAAUGAAAACGUUACAUUUCACACCCAGUGUUUUUAACAUGUGAUACAGCUGUGUAUAUAGAAUUGUAGAUUUGUUGUUUAGAACAUUGUUUCUUGUAAAUGUGAUAUUUUGUCGAUGACAGUUUUCAUCAUAAUUUCUGAGAAAAGAAUUAGAGAAGAAAUAAUGUUAAAUAAGGAAAACAAAUUAAGAUAGGAUGACAUAUUUAUGUGACGUACCGGGAAUUUGAAAAAUCAAGACAGUAACUGAAUUAAUGAAAUUUUUAAUUGUGUGAAUUAGUCCUGAAAGAAAUUCUAUACAGCCAUGCAUUGGGAAGUGCUUAUUUGAGGUUUUCUUUCAUUUUGCCAGCUGAAAAAUACUGGUUGCUGUACCAUAUGGCUAACAUUGAUGAAUUUUAAGUUGAAGUUAACAGACUAGAUGGUGUAAGCUCAACUAAGAGAGGUACAUGUACCACAGUAUAAUCUACAGUAUAAUCACGAACUAGAAGAAGAACACGGGUAAAUGUGUUUGGUCUUAAGGAUAAACAACUGAUUUCCUUUUUUUUGUUUUUUUGGGUUAGAUCCAAAAUAUAUACAGAUAAUUAAUAUGUAUCAAGAACUAUGGAUUAUGAUGUAUAUGGUUGUUGGUGGCAUAUUUAUGACAUAUGUUCUAUAUUUAUUUAUUUACCAUAGGAGGACUCCCUAAUUCAAAUAAGGGUAUUAUAAUAUUAUAUGUUUAGUUUCUUGUGAUGCUAACGGUUGUGUCACAUUUAUUAUAUACAGCUGAAAACACUUUCGAGAUCUAUGGUUUUAUUGUUCAGUACAUAUAUGUACAUGUAUAUGGUUAUACUUUACAUCUUGUGGUUUAACCUGUCUGGUAUUCAUCCUAAAAACUUUUCACAAAGAUUGGCAUUUAAAUAACCAGAAUCUGCUUCUAUCGCAUUCCAUGACUGACCAAACUUGUCAAAAAUCCUUUGUCAACAUACAUACAAAUCUUUCAGUUGUACAUGGAAAGACAUAAAAAGGACUGUGGACAGUACAGCAUUCCAAGUCAUGUUUUAAAGAUUUUCUUUUGGAUCUCACUACAAUAUACAUUUGUUUAAAUACUCUUGUCUACAGUUCACUCAAUAAGCUGGACCAAGUUGCACUGAAUUAGUUCCCUUUGUUGAGAGAUCUUCAGAGAUUAAGGUCAAAAUGUACAUAAUGUAUUAUCAGUGUUUUCACAUUCUGUCAGCAGCCAACACAUGGCUUGUCUAUCCAUACACAUGGGGCAAUGUAAGAAAUAUGUACAUUAAAGAUAAAAAUGAUCAAGAUAUAUGAAAACAUAUAUCUAAUUCCUUUAAGACAUGUAAUUUGGUCAAAAUGGAACAACUUUCUACAGCUUGAAGUAUGAAUUUCAUCAGCUCUACAAAAAUGGAAUGUGUCAUUUUAAGGGAUCAAAUAGUUUUCCCAGAGCUUUACUGAAUACAACUAAAGAGGACAUAGUAAAUGUGCAUGAGACCUGAACUGAAUCUCAGCUAGUCGACCCAGAAACGGUCAGAUGGGUGGACAGAAAGAAUUGGAUUUAACUUAGGGACCAGCAGUGUGUACACGGUUUAAUCAAGCUGCAUUUAAUUUGACAUCCUUCCACAAUGUCAUCCAAUGGUCCAUAUAUAUAUUUGCUGGUCAUGGUUUAAAUUCCAGUCCUCUUCCCUGUACUGUUCCGAUGGAUGUCUAUGUAUUUAAACUUCUGAUUGGCACAUCUCUCAAUUUUUCUCUUUACUUAGACCUAGAGACCAGACUGAGACCAGAUUCUGAAUAUGGGCUGCAUGGGCUGCAGAAGUGUUAGUGUUGUUAAUUGUGUAUGGGUUUCUUUUUCUGCCAGUUAUUUUACCACAUGCGUACUGUUGAAUGAAAUGAAUCUUUCACACGAGUAUGCAAGUAUUUGUAUGAAGCUGAUCUUUCAUUUAUGUACUACCAGUAAUUCUCAAAGUGCUACACAAUCUGAUUUGCAGCUUUUUGAGACCCUGUAAAUUAUUAAAAGUCUUAAGGCCCCUUCCUGUAAGUUACUUUAAUUUUUCGGGUAAUGUGGAAUAAAAUACACUCACCAAUGUAUCAGGGCAUUGAUAACGUUACACAUAUUUCAUCCAGACGCACAGAAUACAACUGAACUACCCAGAAAAAACC